CCCUUUCAGAGAUUGACACGACUUGGAAUUUCGCCAGCGUGCACGCAACCCAAUUCCCCUCAUCGCACCCCAACGCCUCAUUUAACAGCGCAGGCUCUCGAUGCCCUCCUUAUUUCGCUAAAAGAUCAGUUAUCUGGACCUGGUAAUGGCAAAGCGACACAACAGGGGUGACUCUGAUUCGCAGGGACAGAAGUCCCGUACAUUUUCUGAUAGGAAGCCUGUCAUCGAUCGAUCCUCGGAACAGCACACGUAUGACACACCCUGGACAAAUCCUGUUGUGUAUCCGAAGACCGGUGAAGAUCAAGUAAGCUUGUCCUUCGAAAGUUUUCAGAAAUGCGUACUGGAAGGAUGCUGCUUCAACGACGAAAUUGUCCUAUUUUACAUUCGUUUGUUACGAGAGAAGUUUCGGCAGAACGAACGUUCAGCGCAUUUCUUCCCCUCGCAAUUCUACGAAAACCUGUCUGCUCCGGAAACAUGCAUAAACUACAACGGAGCGAAGACGUCGACUAAGAAGGAGGAUAUCUUCGAGCGUGAUUACCUCGUCAUUCCAAUCCACGAGCCCAACCAUUGGUAUCUGGCAAUAGUACUGUAUUUGUCGAGCAUACGAGUUCAAAAGCCGCAAAAAGUUCCAACCGUUGUGAUCCUCGACUCGCUGGGGAGGCAGCACCCCAAGACAAUUGAGAAUAUCAAGAGGUACCUCUCUCUAGAGGCACAGGUCAGGAAAUAUACAUCAGUUGAAGAGCAUUCCUUCGGCGGCUUAUACGCUCGCCAUGCCCCCAGACAGGAUGAGAACUCCAAUGACUGCGCCGUCUAUGUUUGCGGAUACAUUGAGCAGUUUUUGGAGAAUCCUGAUCGAUUUGUCCGGAUACUUUUAGACGAAUCAUUGAAAGAGGAGUGGCCGAAAAUCAAUGGCAGCAGGAUACGGAAUGAAUUGGGCACAUUGCUAACCCAGCUCGCGUCAGAACAGCGAGGGGAAGAGGUAAAGGGUAGCCAAGCAAAAUCAGGCUAUUCCGCGCUCGAGCUAACGAAGUUUGGGACACCUAUCCUUCCAGUCUAUUGUGAGAUCAGUGAUACGGAGACUAAUAAUCUCGUGAGUACGAUACAAAACAUUUUCGAAGCCGAUAAGACGGUCCGCGAUUAUGGUGCCCUUCUGCUCGAUGCGCCGCAUCUUAUCUCCCCUUCGAACGAUAUACAUUUGCCACCAAAACAUUUUGAUUUUGAAGGAACUGCGCAGUAUGUUUCGUCUCGUAAAGGCAAGACAACAGGCAUUCUCCAGAUCAGCAACAGUAGGGCUGUACUUCCGGACCGUGAGCCAGUAUUUGAACCAGCAAAAGACCACACGCCAGGAGAAAUGGAGGAACCUUUCGAAAAGGCGAUGAAGACGGCGAAAAAGCAUCUUUACUUCAAUAUCGAUGUGACCUCUUAUCCCUGCCGCAAGGGAUCAUACAAGCUAUCGUGCGGACAGCUGUUGGAAGGACUGUCCUACAGUGCAGGUAUCAGCACUCCUUAUGCCUACUAUUCGCAUGACGUUUCACACUUCGGAGCACAUGUUGAAGACUGGCAUUUUGCAUCGUACAACGUUGUUUUUGCUGGGGCUCCCAAGAGAUGGAUAGCCGUCAAGCCGUCAAGCAAGGAACUUUUCGAGCGUCGAAUUCGUGAAAUCUUCCCAAGGUCAGGACACUGCUCUCAAUUUGUGCGCCAUUUGGGAAUCUCUGUUUCCCCUUCAUUGCUUCGUGAGUGGAACGUAGAUUUUCAUUUUAUAGUUCAAAAGGCAGGUCAAAUCGUUGCUCUCUCAGGAUAUACCUACCAUUGGGGUAUGAACGACGGGCGCAAUUACGCCGAAGCGGUCAAUUUUUGCAUGGAAAAAAAAUGGAUUGUUGACGCGAAUUAUCAAGGAUGUUAUCAUGGAUGUGGUAUCAGGGGUCCUCCUCUAUCGAGACCAGUUCCCGAAGUCGGCACGUUGAUAGAGAAAAUUGCAAGAGCUCAUGCACUCGCUAAAUCUGGGACCCAGAAUGUAGGGAAAGCGCGGAAGAGACUGUCAAAUGAUCCUAUUACGAGCGCGAAGCGGCCCAGGUUUACAGGCAACGAUUCAACCGGCCAAAGAGUGAGGAGAGUUAACGUGGCUACUGAGACGAAUCCCUCAAGCUUAUUAGAAGAGUUGGAAGAUCAAAACGACCGCCUGGCUCGACAUGGCAAGAGCAGAAGCUACAAUGAGAAUUUGUGCGGCUGUGUAGACCAAUGUACAGAUCAAUGCUCAAACCGUAGACAGGCCCGUGAGUGUGUAGUAGACAACUGUAGCGUUGGGCAGACAUGUGGCAACCGGCCAUAUUUCGAGCUUCUGCAAAAACUUGAGUCACAACGGGCUCGGUUUGAAUGGACUGGGAAAGAUUUGAAGGCAGUAGAACCUCUGCAACCUGGACAGUGGAUUGUCGAAUUUACCCGCGACCUAAAGGCUCGGCAACCUAAUGACGUAAGUAGUCCCUACCGCAUGGCAUACGGUGAUGACCAAGUGUUAGACAAGACGGAUUGCGAUGCAGACUGCAAGUUUGUCAAUCAUUCUCACGCUCCUAACUGCUCGAUCAUCAAAUGGCUAGUUUCCGACCAGCUCCAUCUUAUACUUGUAGCUAGCAAGCCUAUCAUGACUGGUGAGCAAUUAACUGCCAAUUAUAACCUCCGGUAUUACACCGCUUUCAGCGAAGAUAAGUGCAAAUGCGGAACUACCGAAUGUCAGAACCAUCAUCACACGCCUCAAUCUCGAUUCUUGAUGAGAAAAUAUGAGCCACAAUUGGACAAGCUAAGAGCGCAGGCAGGGACUAUUGCUCGUCAAUCUGCACCCGAAGAUAGGGUCCAGAAGAUGCGAGAAUUCAUUGCCAAAGUCAACAAGGAUGUGGCUUGUUACGCGGCAGCAAGUCAUGAAGUUAUCAGGGCCGAAAUUGGGGCGGUAUUGGAUGGGAUGACCAAUAAGGAGAAGAGAGCUGCGCUCCAGCAAUUUCGCAAGGACGGCCCACUCUUCGAGAAGUUAACGUCGAUCACACGCACCAUUCUGGACAAAGAACGAUUUCACGAAGACGUAAAAAAACUGCCGAAUUGGGAGUUUCUAUCAACUCACCCCCUUGUGAAAGGUAUGGGUUGUGCAGCAUUGAAUGACCUGCGAACGCUAGCGAUUUCCCACAGCGAUUCGCGAGCCGAUGGGCUAUCUUUGUUGAAGAGGGCCCUCUUCGAACAAAUACGAGAGAGUGGGGGGAAAACUAUUCAAUUUCAGCAAUUAACUGCCAAGACUAUCAGAAAAGCAAAGGACAAAGCAUUCAGAUGGGCGGAGCCGCCAGGUGAUCGCUAUGGUAACCUUGUACUGUUAAUUCAGGAUGAAGAGGGCAUACCGAGCAUUGCGGAAUGCCGUUACCACGGUAUAAACUGGUCAGGAACCCCUUGGGAGAGUCCGAUCCAAUCUGUGAAAACAUGUUCAGUGUAGCCUGCGAGCAAAUACAGGCUAAUGCUUAGAAGACCUGAUUUUGGCACGCCAUGUUUGCAAAUUGGGGUCGAGAUAGUCGGAUCGGUAUCUUGACACUCGUCUCUGUAUCUUUCACAUCGUUGCAGUCCAAGAAUUGAUCUUUAGUUAAGAUAUGCUAUUCUCAUGGUGCUCCUAAGUGCAAUGAGUUCGGCUCUGUAGAUAUUUCAGCCUCUCUUUGAGCCUACACUGAUACCUAUCUUUUGUUUUAUA